CGGAGUACUGCGGCUCGAUUCGCGGUGAAAAACUUUUCGGCGAUCGAUUUUUUUGAAGUUUCUUUUCUUCGUCAUGCGAAAUUCGGCGCGGUAAAUCGCACGACGAUGGCACUGCGUGAUCAGAAGCUCGCGAUUAUCACCUCGAUGCAAGUGGCGAAGUGAAUUUAUCGCUGUGAGAGAUUGUGUGUGUGUGUGAAUUCGAUCGCGUUCGAUCUGAUUCACUACGGUGAUGAAAAACGAACAUGGAGGAACAAUCGAUGAUGCAACGCGGCGUGCGACUUCUGAUCACGUGUUGGCUGGUAAUUUUGUCAAUUGCAGGAUGUCAGAGCGCCUGCCCCGACAGGUGUCUGUGUUAUCUCAGCCAAGUGCCCAGGACUGUCGAGUGUUCGCAGCAAGGAUUACUGACGUUUCCCGAAAACGUUAGCGAUAUUGUCGAGCACUUGGAUUUGUCGAAUAAUCUCUUGAACGAGAUUCCCGACGAGAUCAAUCGACUGAUCGAGCUACAGUACCUGAACCUCGCGAAAAAUCAACUCGCUUUCCUGCCGCACAAUCUGGAGAAAUUAAUACAGCUGCGAAGACUAGAUCUGUCGGAGAACAAUAUCGAAAGCACGGCAGACAUUGCUUCCAUUAGCCAGCUGCCGGCUCUCGCAAUUCUGUACAUCUCAAGGAAUCCAUUAGCCGACUUGAAAGGGUUAACCAGCGAGACGCUUCAGGCGGUGCAUGCGGGUCAUUGCUUAAUACAAGCAUUCGACAACGCGUCCUUAAACGGAUUGCCGGGGCUAGUCACACUGAGUCUCGUGGGAAACCCGCUGAAAAAUGUUCGAACACCCGUCAGUCACACACUGCGAUGGUUGGACAUGUCUGACUGUGAUCUAAAUUAUCUGUAUCCGGAUACUUUUAGCGAACUCCCGGAACUGGAGGAGCUGCGACUGGUCAAUAAUCCUCGAUUAGUGUACAGCACUCGACGUUCGACCCUGCAGCAUCUGAAGCUGAAGAGACUGGACGUGUCGAGCUGCAAUCUCGACAGACCCGGUCUUCACGGUCUGGUCUCGCUUACGUACGCACGUCUCUCUCGCAACAUGAUUCGCAUUCUGCCGGAUCGCAUUUUCGCCAGAAACAAACAGUUGACGCAUUUGUAUCUGAACGCGAACGGUCUUGACCAAUUAAACGCGAGCACGUUCGACGGUCUGGUGAAGCUCCAGGUGCUGGAUCUGUCCGUGAACAGUCUCAGACAGGUCCACGGUCAAGCGUUUCACGAGAGCAUAGAUCUCAGAAUUCUGAAUCUUUCCUACAACUCUCUGCAAUACUUUCCGGAUCUGUCGACCGCCGUCACGUUGCUGGAUCUGUCCGUCAAUCUAAUCAACCGCUUCCGAGCGGAUUCUCUGGAGAACACGAGCAGAAUCAGAAGUCUGAUCUUGAGAGAUAAUCAACUGCAAUCGUUUCCGCGCGGCUUGAAAUCGACGACGUUGAAGAUACUGGACGUGCAGAGAAACAGACUCGUCGAGCUGCGCAACGACAGUUUCACUCAAUUACCGUCUCUGCAAAAAAUCGACUUGUCAGGAAAUCGUUUGACGGAAGCAAUGGAUCCCGGUGUGUUUCAAUACAAUCCGGAUCUGGCAGUAGUCCGUUUGGAGGACAAUCCGUGGCGUUGCGACUGCAAGCAAAUUUACAACGUUUUUGAAUAUCUAACGAGUCCUCCUCCCAAAAUUGUAUCGUCGAGUUUAAUUUGCCAGAGCCCGUCAAACGUUUCCGGUUAUUCGUGGGAGGCCGCGUGUUUCAACGACUGGCAUAACGACUUGUAUCACAGCAAAGACAGAACGUGGGGAAUAAUAAUGGUCAUUCUGGUUAUUCUGGUCGUUCUCAGCGGCAGCGUGGUAUCGAUCAAACACACUUUGAGAAUAAAAAGACGAGCCUCCGAACAGAGGCGACAACUCGAAUUAGCACAAGAGAGAGAAAGAUUAAGACUUCUACACAGAAGGAAUUAUCGUUCGGAAGAAGAGAUAGUCGAGCAAGAGGAACCGUCGGAACCUAGGAUCAAUCCUCUCGAAUUGGUCGGUCCGCCUAGCUACGAGGAAGCGGUCCAGAUGCCCAGACUGGUUCAUUCCUUGGACGCUCUGAACGAGAUCUCCGUCGAGAACGACACCUUGCGCGCCGUGAAUUCCGUGGACAAUUUACGAGUAAAGAAGAGAAGAUCGAGAAAACGCACGCCCCGGAAACGAACCCAGAGCGAGGACGAUCUGCUGAGAAGGGAGGAACGCCGACAGCUGCGAAUACGACGGGAGAGAACCAAUUCCAGCGGCAACAUCUGCGAGACGGACCAGUCGCACGUCACGAAUCCAUCCAAGAAUUCGAGAACUUCCCUCGGCCGCAGAUCCAGAAGACAGAGCGCCGUCGUCGACGAGAUCAUCGUCGAGUCAAGCAGCGGCAAGGACAGACCGAGGCCGCAGACUCCCAGCACGAAGAGAAGAAAGCGAAGACAGAUGUCGAGGGACGUCGAGCACGUGACCGACGACGAGGAUUCCGAAGUCCAGACGACGAUAGUCAUCAGAGAACUCAAACGAGAACCCAGAAGCGGUUACAGAGACUCGAGCGCGGAUCACGAUUGAAGUAUUUCGUUAUAGAAUUUUUUAUUUCCAACGUAUAUGACAAAUUUUUUGGUCGGUACUUUUAAUAAAAAUAUAGGGAAACAAAAAUUGUCUUGGCUUUCCGCUCUCGACGCGCUUGUCAACCGCAAUUGUAUUGACAUCUCGCGCAGAAGGCGUGAGGCCUUUUAUUUCUUUAAAUUUGCUCCUUGACACACGAAAACUGUCCCCGUAAUCGCAAUUAGCGCUAAAUCGACGAGUGCGAAAGCGCACGACUGAUUUUGCGCGAUAACAUUACAGGCAGUUCUGUUGUAUUUUUUUUUUUUCACAUGUCAGACCGGUUUCUUCUUACGUUAAGUACGCUCUUAUUUAUAUCGCCCGAGGAAGGUUAAUAAUUGAGUAAAUGACAAACGAAAGAACCAGCCAAUAGUGCGAGAUUUGCUUUGAAAAAAAAAAAAAAAAAA